AUGAACAGUUGUGAGCCUCUCCAUGUUCCUCGUUUAGUAAAUCCGAUCACUGGCAUUAAUAAUGUUCCACACGAGACUGGAGAACAACCAUUCUUUGGUUAUGCUCCUGGUGAAACACUUGUCAGAAUUAUGAAUUGCCCUGAGUGCGGCAGACCUGUGAGUGCUGCCCACAUGCAGGACCAUCUCAAGACACAUCAAUUUCAGAAUCAUUCUUCAACAAGUCAUGACACAACUUUUCGUCUUGCUACAACUUCUAAACUAACACCUAAUAGACCUUGCUUGUAUGCUGAAAGGAAUGCAUAUUCUUUCCAGAAACUUAUAGAAGGAUCAAAAUAUUAA